AUGUCACCGACGCUCGCUCCUCCCCUCUCGGAGGCCGGGGCCUGGUUCCCCCUCCCCCCUUUUCUCUCUCCGAGAGGGCAGGCCUGGUUCGCCCGUCCGGUGGCCUCGGUGCUGUUGUCGUUCGUUGCCCUGAACGAAGCGACCCUUUCACUUCUCUAUCUGGCAAGCUCUGGGCCUUGCUUACCAGGCCGGUUCCUGGCGCCUGUUGUAGCCGAGCCCCCGGGCUCCCCGCACCCGGAGAGGAUGUCUGAGCAGACGGGCUUGGUGAUGCCACAGACCAUGGACAGGAGUUGCUGGGUGUGUUUUGCCACAGACGAAGAUGACAGAACAGCAGAGUGGGUGAGACCGUGCAGGUGCAGAGGCUCUACCAAGUGGGUUCACCAGACUUGUCUGCAACGAUGGGUGGAUGAGAAACAGAGAGGGAACAGUACAGCCCGAGUCGCUUGUCCUCAGUGCAAUGCUGAAUACUUAAUAGUAUUUCCAAAGCUAGGUCCAGUUGUUUAUGUCUUGGACCUAGCAGAUCGUCUUAUCUCAAAAGCCUGUCCGUUUGCUGCAGCUGGAAUAAUGGUGGGCUCUAUCUACUGGACUGCUGUCACUUAUGGAGCUGUGACAGUGAUGCAGGUUGUGGGUCAUAAAGAAGGCCUUGAUGUAAUGGAAAGAGCUGAUCCUUUAUUCCUUUUAAUUGGACUUCCCACCAUCCCAGUCAUGCUUAUACUGGGAAAGAUGAUUCGCUGGGAAGACUAUGUGCUUAGACUAUGGCGCAAAUAUUCUAACAAACUACAGAUACUGAACAGCAUAUUUCCAGGGAUUGGAUGUCCUGUUCCUCGUAUUCCAGCUGAGGCCAACCCUCUGGCAGAUCACGUCUCUGCUACUCGCAUUCUGUGUGGAGCUCUUGUCUUUCCUACUAUUGCUACGAUAGUUGGCAAGUUGAUGUUUAGCAGUGUUAACUCUAAUCUUCAAAGAACAAUUUUGGGUGGAAUUGCCUUUGUUGCUAUAAAAGGAGCUUUCAAGGUUUAUUUCAAACAGCAGCAAUAUCUGCGACAAGCUCAUCGGAAAAUUUUGAACUAUCCUGAGCAAGAAGGGGCAUAAAAAGCUGUAGAUGUGUAACUCUCACAGUCUCAUCUGCUGUAUUUGGCAGCCUUGUGCCAACUCUGUUGCUUUCUUGCAGAACUGGAAGUUGGACUCUAUGCUGCUGUCUUUUGUUUUUGUGUCUGUUUUUUCCACAUAGAAUAAUAAAGGAUGUGGCCAGGUAUAAACCUCCUUAGUUAUUGAGCCUUAAGAAUGUGAUCUGUGUUUUCCUUGGUACAUUUUCUUUAUGGCAGAAGACAUCUGAAACAUUUUCUUACAGGCAAAUGUUGCCUUCUUUCCAGACAAAAGGCAAAACAGUUGUAAAGUUAAUAAAUUAUGUGCAGACUAUAUUGCAUUAUGUUUUGUAUACUUAUUGCAGUAGAUGCGCGAUACUUACUACAUGGGCCAAUGCUGCUGGGCUUUCGAAAGUAGACAUUUGAUGGUUUAUUGCCAAGUGGAACUGCGGAAUGUUAGUUAAUAAGAGACCCUUAUUCAUGAAUGUUACUAAUAAGUUACAAUGAUUAGGAAGUUAAAAAUUCAUUCAAACUGAUGGAAACAGAUGUGCUUAUUUUCUAGAUAGUUCAUGUAUCCCACUAGCCCAAACUGCUAAAAAGUUAAAGGUGCAAACUUUUAAUAAGCACUUGAGAUUUCAUCAAAUUGCUUUUUUAUUUAAAGUUUUUUUGUUAAAGGAUCUUUGGUUAUAAUGCAAGUGGUAGUAUAUAUAACUGACUCUAUUUGCCUCCUGUGAAUUGAAAAACUGAAUUUCUGUCUGUUUGUAAUGAGUUUCAAUAUUAGUGCUGAGCUGUGGCAUAUUAGCCAAAUAGUGGAAUCAUUUCUUAACUAAAUCUAGAAGCAAAGGUUCAAAAACGAGAGUAUUGGCACUAGAUAGCCAUAUCUAAAAGAAUGUAUAAAUGUUUAUAUAUGAACACUGAGAAUGCUGAUUUCAGAGGUACAGAAGUAAGAAAUUGUACCAAGCGGUAAUUUCUAUAGAUGGAAGCAUUUUCCAUCAGAGGAAAGGGACUUUCUUGCCUCCCUACUCCUGCUAUAGCCCAGUAUGCUCCCUUAAAUGCUCCUCCUGAGGAUAGCAUGAGCAGCAAAUUGGUGGUCUCUAAUGGGAGAAAUUAAAAAUGUCCCCUUUCUUUCAGUGGAAAUGCACCAUUAGAUCCAAAGCAUAGUUUCCAAGCUGCAAAAUGUUUGAUUCAGCUGGCACUCAAAUCUUCAGAGCAUCUAUUUUAAAAGUGUAUCCCAUUGAUUUUGGUGGAGCUCUCUAAGUAGGGCAGCCUAAGAUAAGGUUUUCUUGCUUGCACAGUCCCUUGCAACCUGUGAAAGACCCAAGUACCUGACAGAGUUGAGGUGCAUAAAUGAUAUAUUGAAGUUCCCCCUUUUUUAAACAAUAGAAAUGUAGUAUAUUAAUGUUAAAUGUUGGAAUUUGUUAGGGUGGUUCAGACUGUAGCUACACAAUAAGCAACAAUCAUCCUAGGUUUACAGCUGGUAUUUGUUUUGGCAGGAUUAAUUAAAAAACCAUUAAGUGACUUUCAAACUCUCAAGAUUAUGCUAAUGCAUGGAGAAAAGUAAUAAGCUUUCCUUUGUUGUAAGUGCAAGUAAAUAGGAGUUUUUCACCAGAAAUGAACAAACGAGGAAAGAGGCUUCAUGUUCGAUUGCAAUAAUGUAUGCUACAGAACUAUUAUGGUGAUUUUUCCAUAGUAAGCAUUACUUUAAAUACUGAAAUGUAAUUAGAGUGUAUAAAAAGUGUAUAUAAUGACCAACUAGUAUUCCAACACUGGUUUAUGUGAAAAAUAUAAAGCACAAGAAAACAAUUUAGUUUCUUGUUGUAAUUAUUGAACAAAAUUGCUAUUAAGUUUAAGUUGUAAUUGGACUUUUGAUAUAUAUUUAUAUACAACAGGAUCUUAGAAAGAUGCUAGCUUUCUAUGAGAGAGGUUUUCAGUGCAAUGAAACAUUUUUUGCAGAAAUUCUCCUGGCAAAGAGGAGCCUUCUCAGCGGUCUUGACUGUAUGUACACCAGCCAUUUAUAUCUGCUGGUUUUUAAAUUCUGUCUCAUAGAAUCUAACAGUGAAAAUCAGUGGAUUUGGAAUUUGUUCCUAUGUAAAAGGUUGUAUUUGAAAAUUGCUGCAAAUAUUGUAUAUUCUAUGAUUACAAGUGUACUGUGAAGAGUAUGGAAUUUUAAUUUCAGUAGCGAAAACAUAUUACAUUGGUUACUGUGCUGUUAAAAUGUUUUAGUAGUGAAGUUUAUGAUCGCAUAAUAGAUUAGAUUGAAUAAAGUUUUUUUUACAUUC